AUUGACACCAUUUCCCCAAUUCUUAUAUCGUCUCUCUCCCCCAAUUGUUUUUGUCUUUCUGUAUUCUGAGUUAAUCAAAGAUGCCAUUGCUAGUAGACUGUUCAAACUGCAGAACUCAAUUACAACUCCCACAAGGUGCCACUUCAAUUUGCUGCGCAAUUUGUCACGCAAUUACUCGCAUCGCCGCUCCUCGCGCUCUUCCUCCUCCGCUUUCCUACUACCCUCCGCCGCCGCUGCAGCCGCCGCCGCCGCGUGCUCCUUCUUUCCAAGGUGGAGUUCCGAUUGGACGGAAGAAGGCGUUGAUAAUUGGAAUCUCUUAUAAACACUCUCGAUUUGAGCUUAAAGGCUGUAUUAAUGAUGCGAAAUGUAUGAAGUUUCUACUUGUUAAUCGCUUCAAAUUUCCCGAGGAUGAGAUUUUUAUGCUUACUGAAGAAGAGAGAAACCCUUACAAGAUUCCUACCAUAGAGAAUAUCAGGAUAGGAAUGGCUUGGCUCGUAGCAGGAUGUCGACCAGGUGACUCGCUAGUAUUUCACUACUCUGGGCAUGGUUCACAACAAAGGAACUAUAAUGGAGAUGAAGUGGAUGGCUUUGAUGAAACUCUCUGCCCCUUGGACUUUGAAACCAGAGGGAUGAUUGUAGAUGAUGAGAUUAAUGAAACGAUUGUUAGGCCUCUUUCUCGUGGUGCGAAACUUCAUGCAAUAAUCGAUGCUUGCCACAGCGGUACUAUGUUGGACCUGCCAUUUCUUUGUAGGAUGAAUGGGAGUGGGCAAUAUGUGUGGGAGGAUCAUCGCCCUAGGUCAGGUCGAUGGAAAGGAACCAAUGGUGGGGAAGUUAUUUCCUUUAGUGGCUGUGACGAUAAUCAAACAUCUGCUGAUACUUCGGCUUUAUCAAAAGUGACGUCAACUGGAGCAAUGACUUACUGCUUCAUCCAGGCAAUUGAACGAGGACAAGCGAGUACUUACGGGAGCUUGCUCAAUGCCAUGCGGGCUUCCAUCCGCAAUACUAGCAGUGCUGUCGGGGGUGGUACUGUUUCCUCUCUACUUACGAUGCUUUUGACUGGAGGAAGUGGUAUUGGAUUGAAACAGGAACCGCAGUUGACUGCCAAUGAAGUAUUUGAUGUGUACACAAAACCGUUUUCACUAUAACAAGUAUGUAGCUGCUCCAUUUUUGCGAUAAUCAGAUCUGUACCUAAUUUUUCUACGGUUCCUUUAUAAUGGAUACCAUUGCUGGUGAAUAUGAUCAUAUAUUUUUAUAUAGAUAUAAGAUCAAAUAAGAGUGGUACUUAAAAUAAGAAUGAUAAGAAAAAAAUUUUACUCAUUAUUUAUACAAAAAGGAUAAUAUGUUACAAACUAGGAACAUUCUUCAGAUUUAUUACAUAAUAACUUUUCUGUGUACAUAGUCAUUUUUACUAAAUAUUUUUGGGUUGAUCAUAACCUUAGAUUUUUUU